GUGAGAGAGCAUCUGAAGCAACUAAAAAAACAGAGUUUGCGAGGAAGCUGAGGUUUUAUAAAAGACGAGACCACCUUUGGCUUCCUUCUUACGGGUUUAACUCGAAGCUAAGACGAACCCAAAUAUUAAUACUUGGCCUUCCUCUUCAAUUUGGAUUUUUAUAACCGACGAUUUUGGUUUGAGGCAUUACGAGCAAAAUCGAAAGAAGCAGAAGCAGCGAAACAGCCCUUCAGGUUUCCAAAUCUCCUCGACUGCUUUAUGUAUCUGUUUGAUUCGAAUUCGUUUCAUUAGACAAAGGAAGCGAAUUGCAAUUUACCCCACUCCGUGGUAAUAUGGGAGAUUCAACAUUUCUUGAUAGAACGCUUCUCCAGCUUCGCUCCACUUGCAAGUAUUACAGUGGUUACCCUAAGGAUCUCGGGCCAUCUCGAGUUCUCCAUUUUACAUCAGAAAGAGAGUUUGUCCAACUCCUUCACCAGGGCUAUCCCGUUGUUGUCGCAUUCACUAUAAGAAGUAACUACACACAACAUCUUGACCGGAUGCUUGAGGAGGCUGCUGCUGAGUUCUAUCCCAACAUAAAAUUUAUGCGGGUUGAGUGCCCCAAGUAUCCUGGAUUCUGUAUAACUCGUCAGAAAAGCGAAUAUCCUUUCAUUGAAAUAUUCCAUAGCCCACAACAAGCGGGUAGUGAAGGAAAGGUACAGGAUCCAAAUAUCACUCGGUAUUCAGUGAAAGUUGUACCUUACAAUUAUGAUAUGAGUCCUUAUGGAUUCAGAGAAUUUUUCAAGCGCCAGGGAGUUCGUACUUCGGAUCCCAAAUGAAGCAAAAGGCCGGUAUGAUUCGAAAGGAAUUUUUGAGUGUAUCAAUGGCUUCUAUGAGCUACCAAUGACUGUUUCUAGAACUAGUGUAUUACUAUAUUUCCCUUUUGCCUUAGAAAGAACGAAAUCAAAUAAACUCCUAUGAUGUCGGAGAAUGUUCCAAGUUCUUCAAUUUGCAUGAAUCAAUAAUCAGUUAAUCACUAA